AAAAAUAAAAAAAACUUAUUUUUCAACAUGCCUUUCAAGCCAAUUGAACAUCCAAAAUGCCCAAAAUGUGGUAAGUCAGUGUAUGCCGCCGAAGAAAUGGUUGCUGGUGGUUAUAAAUGGCACAAAUUCUGUUUUAAAUGCACAAUGUGCAAUAAACUUUUGGAUUCUACGAACUGCUGUGAACAUCAGGCAGAACUGUACUGUAAACAGUGCCACGGUAGGAAAUAUGGUCCCAAGGGUAUUGGAUUCGGUAUCGGUGCUGGAGCCUUAACAAUGGAUACCGGGGAACAGUUUGGAAACAAGGAGGUGGAAAUGACGCUUAUUGACAGCAUGUGCAAUAAACUUUUGGAUUCAUGCACUGUUGCUGAACACGGCAAUGAACUUUUCUGCAAACAGUGUCAUGGACGAAAAUAUGGUCCUAAAGGUGUUGGAUUCGGUCUUGGGGCUGGUUCCUUAAACAUGGACGACGGUUCACGCUUUGGGAAUACAACAAAUGAAAUGGGGUCAGAUGGCAAACCAAUUAAUCCAGGCUAUGAAGCUCGUUAUAGUAUGCUAACAACAGAUGCUGGCAAACAGACUGCUGCUAAGCCAGCUGAAUAG